UGUUUUUGUUUGGAUAAGAGUUCCGGUUCAAUUUAAACUACAAACAAGUGUUUGUCGCUCUGGAUGACGUCAUCAGCAGAGGACGCUGCAUGUUUUGCUGAAUCUUAUAGCAGAAAUGGCAUCGAGCGACGCUUUUCAAGUCAGUUCCCUGAAAGGUAAGGUGGCCCUGAUCACGGGGGCCAGCUCGGGGAUCGGGGCCGGCACGAGCGUCCUGUUCGCGCAGCUCGGAGCCCAGCUGGCGCUGAACGGCCGAGACGUGGAAAACCUCAAGAAAGUGGCCCAGAAAUGCGCGCAGUGCGGCGGCGCAGAGCCGUUUCUGGUUCCUGGAGACCUGACUGACGAGGAGACGGUGAGGAAGACCGUGGAGCAAACACUGGCUCACUUCGGCCGUCUGGACGUUCUGGUGAACAGCGCCGGCAUCCUGGCCAUGGGCAGCAUCGAGACCUCGGACCUGGCUCAGUACGACAAGGUCAUGAACGUCAACGUCAGGUCUGUGUACUACCUGACUCAGCUGUGCGUUCCUCACCUGAUCCAGACCAGAGGCUCCAUCGUGAACGUGUCCAGUGUGAACGGCCAGAGAUCUUUUCCAGGUGUGCUGGCGUACUGCAUGUCCAAGUCGGCCAUCGACCAGUUCACGCGCUGCAUAGCGCUGGAGCUGGCACCCAAGCAAGUGAGAGUGAACUCUGUGUGCCCCGGAGUGAUCAUCACUGAGGUCCACAGGCGGGCGGGGCUGGACGACGAGCAGUACGCUAAGUUUCUGGCUCGCUGUAAGGAGACGCACGCGCUCGGCCGGCCCGGCGAGGUGGAGGAGGUGGCGCAGAGCAUCGCGUUCCUCGCCUCGGACGCCGCCAGUUUCAUCACUGGGGUCAACCUGCCGAUCGAUGGAGGUCGCCACGCCAUGUGUCCACGAUGAAGCUGAACACGUUCACUCUGCAGGUUUCUGAUAAAAACUCUGAAACGUU